GCAAAAAAAAAAAAAAAAAAAAAAUAAUGUUUAAUAAUGAGUUGGUUUUUUUCAAAAUCUUCAAGUGAAUCCUACAACUCUUUUCCAGUUACAACGCCAUUGCAACAACAACGUUUAAACCAAAUUAAAAGUCUUGCACAACACUUAAAUGUUAUUGAAGUUCAAAGAGAUAUUGAGUAUAGAGUUACAUUUCCUGUUGCUGGCAACACUAUAAACUUUAACAUAUUGUUACCUCCUAAUUUUCCGAAUGAGAAACCUAUUGUCACUGUUUCACCAAAGUUAAAACAUCCUUGGGUCAAUGAACAAAUGAUAAUAGUUGAUGCACCUGGUUUGAAAACAUUUUAUGUACAUUCAGAUCUUGGAAAGGUGGUCAAGCAAAUAAUAAAAGAAUUUAAAACUAAUCCUCCGCAGUUUAGUAAUAGCUUUUCACCCUCUACAAAUCUCACCUCACCUUCAGGUUUUAAUCAACAAUUAAUUAAUCCAGUAAAAGAAGUUAAACUUAAUGUUAUUCCAGAUCGACCUCCUCAUUAUUCAGAAAAUCAUAAGGUAAUUGCAAGUAAUAAAUGCACUUAUGAUGAAGCCAUUCAACCUUGUGAUAUUCAAACAGACAUUAAUAAUGUAAUGGAAAAACUGAAGCAUUUUUCAAAAAUUGAACUGGAAAAUGUAUGCAACAACGAAGAUUUAUUGUUGGAAUACAUCGAAGAAAUGAAAACAAUAACUGAUUUACAAGUUCAAAGAACAAAGUUACUAGAAGAAAAUGAAAAUAUUGCAGUUAUGAAUCUUAAAUUUGAGACUCAAAUUGAAGAUAAACAAGUGGAUCUUAAAGAACUUAUUGAAGAGAGUGAUGACUUAUAUCAUAAGUUUCAAAAUAAAUCUCAGAAACAAACUGAACUUUUACAGAUGUAUGAAAUUGGACACAUAUCCACAAACUUAAGAAUUAGUAUUCUUGAAGUCGAAGAAGAUUCAGAAAAUAUUGCUGACCAAUUUUUAUCUGGAUCUUUGAAUCUGGAAAGUUUUCUUGAAAAAUUUCUUGAUAAAAGAAAGUUGACUCACAUAAGACGUGCAAAAGAAGAAAUGCUAAAGUCAGUUUUUGUCUAAACGUUUUUCAACAUGGUUCUCAUAGAUUCUUAAUACUUUUAUAAAAAAAAAUGAUUUAGGUUUGGCAAUCAUUACUUACAAAUUAAUCAAUUAUAAUCUUUUUUUAAAGUUUUUUUAAAACAGUGAAGGUUUAAGAUUUUUUAAUUGAAAACAUUUUUGCAUUAAGAAAAGUCAUAAACUGACAAAAACCUUUGUUGCUUGGUAAUCUUAGUUAUAAAAUAACUACCUGUAACAAAAGUAACUAUCUGUAACUAAGGUAGUUGUUAUAACAAAAUUAUAAAAACUAGCUAAAAGAUUUUAUACAAAGUGCAUUGUUGAGUCCUUAAAUCAUUUUUAGUUUUUUAUGAUAUUCCAGAGAUAUAUAAGUGUUUUAUGAUAUUCCAGAGAUAAAGAAUCUUUUAGUAUUUAAAUUUUGUUUCUAAAAAUUAAACUUGUUUUUAAAAUUGUUGUGUUUUGUAAUAAAUAUAUGAGUAGUAAAACUUAUUUAUUUUAAUAGAAUCCUAAUUCCAUGAGUUGAAAAUCAGUUCAUGAAAAUUUUUCUGUAAUUUCAUAGUCUGUUUUUUGUUUUUAUUUAUUGUUUUUUUAUUUUUGUGAUAUAUUAUUUGGUCAUAUAUUUAAACUAUAUUUUUGCAUUACUGAGAUGUAAUAAAAUACCAACUUUAAAAAAAUAAACAAAU